AGUUCAUGAACGACUACUGUUUCCUGUCUGAAAUGAACCAUUCAUUAACGUUAACUAAUAUCACGACAAGGUGCGGUUAGGUGUGUUUCUAUUUUGUUUUGUGUUUACAUUAGUUAGACAGGUGAUUGUCUGUUGUGGUUUUGAUGUUUUACACUUCUUGAGCCACAACAGGUUAGUUAGUCAUGAUACCUCAGAGUAAAGAAUUCCUCGUGCGUAUCUCCUUCUACUGGAAGCCGCUUUUUACAGGGAAAUACUUGAUUGUGACCAACAUUAUUAGUAGUGGAGGAAUGCUUGCUCUUGGGGACUGCAUUCAGCAGAGCAGAGAGAAGAGACAGACACCGACUAAGAGCCGGGACUGGAAGCGCACAGGGCGUAUGUUUGCAGUUGGAUGUACAAUGGGACCAUUUAUGCACUACUGGUAUCAGUGGUUGGACAGGAUAUAUCCAGGAAAAAUUGUAAAGGCCGUUGCCAAGAAAGUCCUGAUAGACCAGCUUGUUGCCUCGCCACUUUUUGGAGCGUGGUACUUCAUAGGUAUGGGUGUGAUGGAGGGUCAUGGCUGGCGCAAAGGUUGCAAUGAGUUUAAAGGGAAAUUCUGGGAGUUCUAUAAGGCAGACUGGUGUGUUUGGCCGACAGCACAGAUGAUCAACUUCUACUUCUUGCCAGCCAAAUUUCGGGUGUUGUAUGUAAACACAAUUACACUCGGAUGGGACACCUACCUCUCAUAUCUCAAGCACAGGGAUAGCCAACAUGUUGAUGAAUUGGUGCCAGAGGACUCCUCAUUGUCUCCUCCUUCAGCGACAGCCCUGGAUGAUAAACUGUAGUCCCAAACAAAUUCCAGCUUUAAUGUCAGAUUUUAAAUAUUAGUAUAUUUGUAUGAGUAAUUCUUUUAGUACAUAGACAUAUAACUGCCUUAAUUACUCACAUCAGUUAUUCAAAUCAAGGUGAUCCGCUGGUAUCAGGUAAUCUCUGGACCUGUUCACAUUCUUACUAAUGAAGGGAAUGUGUCUUACUCUUUGUCAGUGGGUGGAGUUCCAUUUGCUCUCAGGCUGCAGUUCUUUAGUUCUUCAUGGCAUGGAUUCCACAAGAUAAAAAAUUAAAUAUAAAUAACCAAUAAAAUAGAAAGUAUAAAAUUGAAAAAGAAAGAAUGAGACAUAGAUUAUAUAACUGGUGCAAGUUUUUUGUUACACUUUUAUGCUGUGACUCUCCUGUUCCACACCGCAAAGGUGUUCCACUGGAUUCAGCUUCAGGGACUGGGAAAACUUCAGCUGCAAACUCUGGUGACUUUUGUGUGCCAAUACAAGAAGAGUCAAUUGUGUUCAUGAAAGGAUGUACAUGGUCAGCAACAGUACUGUGGGAUUUAAAUGACUGUCAUUAUGGGUCCAAUGUGUUUCAAGGAAACAUUCCCAACUACAUUACACCACCAGCAGCCUAGCGUAAACAGAACGCAGGCCACCUGGAUUCAUGCUGUUGACACCAAAUUCUGACCUUAACAUCUGCUGCUUCAGAAAUAAUGACAAGAUGAAGAUUUUUCUUUUUUUUUAUCUGUCCAGUUUCAGUGAGACUGCAGCUGACCCUGAUGUGGUUUUCUGCUGUUGUGGCCCAGCUAUGCUAAGCGUUGACAUACUGUGCAUUCUGAACUACUUUUCUGUUCUUCAUGGUGGUAAAGUGUUUAGUUGAGCUACCAUGAUGUUUACUUCAAAUCUAGCCAGGUGGACCUGAAGCUACUCCAUUUAAAAAGCCAUUUCUCAUAACUCAUUUACCAACUUUACUCAUAACUAGCUAAAAUAACAAAUUUUUACUCAUAAAUAAGCAGUUAUGUAUUUUUAUGUCUAAAUUCUAACUUCUAAAAUUUAGAAACAAACUUGAUACCCAGUGAACUGCAGCUGAAGUUUUAGAGACUUUUAAUCACUUACUCGUAACACUCCACCACUUCCACUUGUUUCAGUGAAUUGAUCCUCCACUGCAUUUCUGAUUACUUAGACAUUUAUUACAAAUGAAAAAAAAACAGUUGCAAGAUUUGUUUGUGUUAUACAACUUUUUGAAGAUUUGUGUGAAAUGAUAUUUUGUCUGUUUUCUUUUACCUUAAUUUCUUUCAGGCUUACUAAUUUACAAGUACCUCUGCUGCUGAGAGGACUUGCACUCACUAUUCCCUUUAUUAAGAACACAUUUAUACCUCCACUUCCUGCCAUUCCCCAAUCAGGCAAUCAUGUGUCGGCGGCAAGACAAGAGCUACAGUUAAUGUUCACAUCAUACAUGUUGGUGAAUAGGGAAGAAUUGUUAGCACAGUUUGGCAUGCUCUGAGAUGCCGAGGGUGGUUGUUUAAGCUACUCUAGCCUUCUUGUUAGCUCAAGCCAAUCUGGCCUCUCUCUCCCCUCAGAAUUCUCUCAAAACUGUCAAGUUGAUCAUGGUUCUGUGUAAAUUCUAGAGCCUGUUGUGUGUGAGAAUCCCAGCAGAUCAGCAAUUAUGGAAAUAUUCAAAUCAGCCUGUCUGGCACCAAUAUCCAUGCCAUGGUCCACAUGUCACAUGUCCCGUCACACAUUGACAUGCUGUUAGUUGAACCGAAUGUUAACUGAAGCUCUUGGUUUGAUGAUGGUGGUGGUGACUGCUGCUGCUGGCAUAUGAUUGGCUGAUUGAAUCAUUUGAUGACAUGAGUCAGCAGGUGUAAAGGUGCUAAUAAUAAAGAUGACUGUUUCUAAAUGCUUUGUGCACUUUCUCCUAGUAACAAAAAACAGUGGUGUACUGUAAUAAUAAUAAUAAUUUUAUUUUAUUAUUUUAUCUUUUUUUUUUUUUGUAUUUAUUGGCUGGAUGCUGAUCCUGCUAUUUAUUAUAAUUGUUUCAGAUAUUUACUGGAAACAUGCUGUGUAUGUUCAACAUGAAGACAGAUAUCUGUCCUGUACUUUUAUGUACAAAGAUAUAGUAAAAGUAAAAUAAAUAAUAGUAAAAAAAUAUUUUACUAUUUAAAUAGUAAUGAUCCUUUCUGCUCUGGUGUGUGUUAACUGUCAGUGUUUAAGUGAUUUACAAUUAUAAUAUUUUUAAUUCAAUGUCAUUCAAAUUGCUUACGUGGUUUCUAGAAAUGGUGUUAAAGGCAAUUGUGUAUUUUUCUGGAUGUAUUUAGAAAUAAUUUGCUCGAGAAAAAUCUUCUAUUUAAAACUGAAGAAGAAAAAAUCUCCAUUUGCAGCAAGUGAAAUAUGAGUGAAUUGGUUUUUUUUUCUUUAUUUUUCCCAAUUUUCUGAGGGUUGAAGAGUUGUGUCUAUCUAUUUUUUUCAACACAGGUUAAAGUUGAGCUUUACCAGAAAAUUUACAAAUCUGUGUCACUGUAAAUGUACUUGUAAUAAUAAAACUCACCAUCAAAAUUA